ACCCGGAUGUACAGAAGAGGGUGCAGCAAGAAAUUGAUCAGGUCAUAGGUCAAGGUCGUGUUGCCAAGAUGGAGGACAAGGCCAGGAUGCCGUUCACUGAAGCAACCAUAUUGGAGGUCUUUCGCAUGUCUCCUGUUGUUCCCAUGGGUGGGCCCCAUGCCACCAGUGAAUCUACAACUUUGGCCGGAUACACCAUUCCCAAGGGCACCAUAAUACUGGGAGAUUUGUACCGGGUUCUUCACGAUAAGAAUAACUUUGAGGAUCCUUACAAGUUCAAACCAGAAAGAUGGCUUGAUUGCGAUGGUAAAGUGAUCAAGUCGGACAAAAUGAUACCAUUUUCCAUAGGGCCUCGUGUUUGUCUUGGUAAGGGACUGGCUGAAAUGGAAUCGUUCAUUUUCUUCAGCACGUUGCUUCAGAAUUUCACCUUCAAGGUACCGGAGGGGGAAAACCCACCCAAUGGAAUGGAGGGUCUGAACGCGAUCAUUUUCUCGCCACACGAUUACAAUGUGUGGGCAGUUAGGCGCUAGAAUUAAAUACACGGACUGAAGCGAUAAACUGAACUUUUACUCCAAAUCGCCACGUUCAAUGUAGCUCUGAAAAUCCUAGGCGAAGUGCAAAAGAAAAAAUAAAUCUUUGCGCAAACAAAUUGCAAAGAAUUCGCUUUUUUGUAUCUUGCCCUGAUUGUUAGAUAUGGA